AUGUCCAACAGUCUCUGGCGGCGUGUGUUUGCAGCUGUUGUAGAGGGAGGAAAGCAGGCGGUGAAGGAACAAGUGGCCUCCGGGAAAUUUAAUCUGCAGGAGCCAAGUAUUGUGGUGGAAAUGACUCAGGCCAUGUAUGCUUCUGUGAGGUCGUUCAUGGAAACGGAUUUUGCCUCCCUCCUUCGUUUGGUUGAGCUCGACUUGGAGGGCCUUCCCCAGUUGUGUCGUGAUCCUGAUGUUGAGUGCAACCCUACUGAACGUGACCCUUUCAAAGUUGGAUCUUCCUAUAUUGCUCUCGGUAAGUAA